CAAUUGUUUGUUCACUAAAGCAAUUGUUUAUUUCACCAGCUCGCACUGACAGUGCGGUGAGAGUGGAGCGAUCGGCAACUUUCAUGAAUGAUGCGUCGGAUCCAACUACUAACAUACCGGGUCGGACCACAUUACAGAGUGUGGUUGGAUACAGUCAGCGGGCCGGUCAAAAUCUUGUCGCGGGCCGUAUGUUGCCCACCCAUGUUAGCAGGCAAUUACCUCUCAAUUAGAUGAAAUAGAUUGAUAUAUCUACACAAGUAAUAUGAUGAGGUUUUGCCCUCUCCAGUGCAUCAAAUCAGCUAAAAACAAUGCUGAAAAAAUCGCAGUCACCAUUUUAAACAUGGACACAGGAUGUGAUAUUUCGCAGUCUAUAUUUCACCGGUUGUGGGAUCAGGCAAUCUUUCGAGCUUGUAUUGAUGGUGGAGCAAACUUCGUGCAUGACAUUAUACAUAAAGAUACAACUUGUGGCUUCACAAGACAUAUGCCUGAUUUUGUGUGUGGCGAUUUUGAUUCCAUCCGCCCUGAGGUGAAACAGUUCUAUGAAAGUCAAAGCGAGACAGUAGUAACGCAAACACCUGAUCAGGAUGCAACUGAUUUUACGAAAGGCUUGCGUUUGAUAGCAGAGAGACUUCAUCAAAAAAACCUUGAUAUUGAUGUUAUUGUAGCAUUAGGCGGGAAACAGGAUAAACUCGACCACAGUAUGGCAAAUAUUGACUCUUUAUACGCGGCAAUGAAAUUUUUACCACGAUGUGUUCGAACUUGUUUGAUAUAUGAUUCGUGUUAUAUAUGCUUGUUACCUAUGGGGAAAAGUGCAAUUGAAGUAAAUACUGGUAUGGAAGGCGAUUGGUGUGGGCUAGUACCGAUUCGUCGUCGAGUUACAUUGACAACAACAGGAUUACAAAAAAACUUCAAUAAUGAUAAACUUGAAUUUGGAGGAGUUGAAAACGUGUCCAAUAAAUUAGAUGGAUCAGAAGAAGUAAUUGUUGAAACCGACCACCCACUUGUGUGGACAAUGCAUUUUGAAGCAUAAAAAUAUUUUUUUCGUUAUAUUAGUUUAUUUAUAUGUUUUUGUGUAAACUUUCAGUUUCUUUUUGUAAACCUCUUAUCUUAUCCUAAAUGUGUUAAGUAACUGUGUAUU